AUGAAAUAUGUUGGGCCCGAGAAUGGUAAUUUGGUGAUUGUUGGCGGGGGCACGCUGGACGAUUCAAUUCUCCAAAAAGUCAUUGAUCUUGCUGGAGGGAAUGAUAGUUCUAUCGUCGUUAUCCCAACUGCACAAGGCGAUCCAAAUUAUGACCAGAAUGCCGCCAACGCAGAUGAUUUCCGUCGGCUGGGAUCUAAGAGCGUUACUGUUCUACAUACGUAUGAUCCUAAGGUCGCAAACACCGAGGAAUUUGUUCAGCCGCUUCUCAACGCCACUGGUGUUUGGUUUGGGGGCGGUCGCCAGUGGCGUUUGGUUGACGCUUAUGCAGGAACCCUCACUGAACAAAAGAUCCGAGCCGUCCUAGAUGCCGGCGGCGUCAUUGGAGGGUCUUCUGCCGGGGCCUCGAUCCAGGGAGAUUUCCUUGCGCGCGGUGAUACGAAGAGCAACAAUCUUAUUAUCGGAGACCACCAGCAGGGUUUCGCUUAUGUGAAGAACGUCGCCAUCGACCAGCAUGUUCUCGUACGCAAUCGCCAAUUUGAUAUGCUCAACGUUCUCAAAUACAAGCCAGGAAUUCUUGGUAUCGCCAUCAACGAAAAUACGGCUGUGCACGUAUCAAAGAACACGGCAGAGAUCUUCGGCGCUAGCUAUGCCAUCAUUUAUGAUGGAACGUACUGGUCGCGAGACGGCGGUGAUGCGAAUCAGAUUCCGGAUCCUUCAGGGUUGUUUUACUUUGUGAGAGCGGGAGAUAUAUAUGAUCUUGGGUUACGGAAAGUGGUUCACGCCUCUUGA